CCUCUAGAUGGAGCAGUCUCAGCUAGACACCCGACAGGCCAGGGAUUCAUUCCUUAAUUGGUUGUCAUGAUCCCUGGCUCCUGAUGGAGAACUGGAUUUACGACCUCCAGCAGUGAGUGACUUGGAAAUACCAGCUGUCUUCAGUCUGGUGGAGUGGACAGACCGGCAGACUAACCAGGGAAAACAGGAGGAUGGCUUUCAGGAGAGUGAGAGGCCCGAGGGCUUGCGGCUGGCGCAGGACCACAACCCGACUCCCACCCACGUAAAGACACCACUUCUUGUUGGAAGUGGGUGUGCCAGAAGCGGAACCCAGGGUCCGGAACUAAAGGCAACAAGGACUCAAACUACACCCGGACGGACGGUCUUUCAGGACGGCCCCACCACGGAAGCGGACAGGAAAACCCCCACAGGCUGCUAUUCCCUCACGGAGGCAUCCUGUAGACUGGUGGUUGACGAGGGAACCGGGCGGACUCGCGACUCCUCUCUGGGCAGCCAGGUCGCCUUCUUGCAGUUGAGGAGAGCUGCGGAGUUCCCCGCGUCCGCCGUGCAGAGUCCAGUGCGCAGGCGUGUGGGCGGGGCGGGCCCUUAAAGGGACCGCGGCGGUGCGGAGUCGGAGGAGCUGGGGUCGCCAAGCGCGGGGUUCUCGGGCGGGAAUGGGUACUAAGUUCCCCGAGGACCAGGCCCCGUUGACACUGAGUUUGGAUCUACUCUGCGGACGUGCCCAAGAGGAGCCGCAGGUUAAACGCGUCUCUUCCGGUCUCUAGACCGCUUUGCUAUGGCUCACGUUGGCUCUCGCAAGCGCUCGAGGAGUCGCAGUCGGUCACGGGGUCGACGAGGGUCAGAAAAGCGAAGCAAGAAGAGUAGUAAGGACGCCUCGAGGAACUGCUCAGCCUCCAAAUCUCAGGGUCACAAGGCCAGCAGCACGUCUGAGGAGAGAAGCAAGCACAAGGCCCGGAGGACAGCGAGGUCCAGCUCUUCCUCCUCCUCUUCCAGUUCUUCCAGCUCCACAUCGUCCUCAUCCUCCAGCGAUGGCCGGAAGAAGCACGGGAAACACAAGGAUAAGAAGAGGAAAAAGAAGAAGAAGCGGAAAAAGAAGCUAAAGAGGAAAGCCAAGGAGAAGGCAGUGGUGGUGCACCCUGUUGAGGCUCUGCCUGGCCCCUCACUGGAUCAGUGGCACAGAUCAGCUGGGGAGGAUGAUGGUCCAGUCCUGACUGAUGAGCAGAAGUCUCGUAUCCAGGCCAUGAAGCCCAUGACAAAGGAGGAGUGGGACGCUCGACAGAGUGUCAUUCGCAAGGUGGUGGACCCAGAGACAGGACGCACAAGAUGGUUGCUGCGACAAAGGAGAGCCUACCUGAACUGUCUCCAUUCUGUCCUGAGUAGUGGUUGGGAUGAGUGGCCAGGCUCCCCCUGCUCGAGAUGGCUCAUCAAGGGAGAUGGUGAGGUUUUAGAGGAAAUCGUAACCAAAGAACGGCACAGAGAGAUCAACAAGCAAGCCACCCGAGGGGACGGUCUGGCCUUCCAGAUGCGAGCGGGCCUGCUCCCCUGAGGGCCCUGGUACCCCAGGUCUGUGAACUACUGUUGGUGGCUUGGAGACAGAUGGAUCCAGUUGCCUUUUCUCCUGUAGGUGGCCUCCUAAGCACCAGAUUGGGAGAGUGUAGUAUCAAUAUUAAAUGAUCUUAGUCACCGA